UUUCUUCUUCUUUUUAUCUUUUACCAAAUUCAGUCCUCAGAAGAAUCCCUAAUUUUACAAAUCUAGGGUUUUUGUUAUCCGUUCGCACUCUGAUGGUGAAGAAGCGAAAAUCCGAGGCCACACGGCUCGAUGAGGUCGAUCGAACAAUGUAUGGCGCGUUUCGUGGUGCUGCUAAUUCGCUCUCUCAGCUCUAUACCCAUGCCAUGAACCACCAACGCGUCUCUUUCCUCGCCGGUGAACGUCGCGGCAUGGAGAAACUUUACCAAUGGAUUGUGAGACAAGAAGAACAAGGAACUAGAGUAUCCACUGUUGAUAUUACUACCUACUUGCAGAAUGAGCUUGAAUAUGAACCUGAAGAGACAUCGAUACCAAUCCCUGUGCAGGAGUUCCAUCAGUACCAACAAUUCGCACCACCAAACGUAAAUACUUCAAUAGCUCAUGCUCCUUCAAGUCACUUAGCACAGCAUUAUGAUUGUAACCAAGAGAAAGUAUUGAUUCCACCAAAUGGUCUCUCAAGUCCUGUUCGAAGGACCCUUCAGGAAUUCAACUUGUGUGAGGCUAAAUCUGGUAGCCAUAAUCCAAACUCUACAGGUGAGGAGUUAUCUUACUGAAAAGGUAUUGUUUCAUUUGGAAAAAGAUGAAAACAAAAUCAUCCCAUUGUAAAGUCCCAAUUGUUCUGUGGUAAAGUAUUGUCUCAUGUAAUACACAAAACACUUUUCCUAAUAAUUGAAAGAAAUUGGAUGAAUUUGAAUUGACCCCUAA